AUGAAAGUCAGAACCAGAAACCAAGCGAUCAGUAACGAGAGCCAAUCCAGCAUGAUCGGAGUUGUGGAGAUAAUAGGGAUUCUCGUAUUGAUCAACAAGCGGACGCGAAUCAGACGGAGACGCCAUCGCCAGAAGAGAAGGAACGAAACAGAAUCGAAACAAGAUUCCGAAGUAAUCUUCAAGGAGAAGCUGAAGAAGAAAGGUGAAUCGGAGACGAUAAGCAACAAACAGAGUCGACACGAAGUGAAUCGGAGCUCGAACGAAAGAAAUCGAAGCUCAAAAGGACGCAAAUCGGAGAACGACGACGAAGUAGAUAACGGUGAUAAGAUCCAGUACACGAGUGAGGAUGACGAUGAUGAAAUCGAGAAUCAGAGAAGAGAUCGAAGCACUCAUGAUGUGAUUCGAAGCUCAGAUUCAAGGAAAAAUGGCGGAAGAAAGUUUGUUAUGCUCUGA